UCCAAUAAGGUCCUAAUUAUUCUGUGGUGGCUAAUACCUGUGAAAAGACAUUUAGGCCGGCUGUACACAGUGAAAAUGUAUUUCUUGCAACCACAAGUUACAGGAAAGAAAUGUGCAUGAUUCCCCUAGCAAUACAAACUGUGCUGACAAGGGAAUCCCUAUUACCAAGCAAUCGCUGACUCUACUGCCUAUGUUUUUAUGCCUGAUUUUAUCUGCUGAAAUGUAAAUUACUAAGCUCAAAGUAAAUCGAAGAUCUAUUGUUGAAAAAAAAAUCACAACUAAACUGAUUGACAUUAACACAAGAUGAGUCAAAGAGGAGAACAUUUGUAUCCAUGUUCUGAGUGCCAGAAGAUAUUUACUUCUGAGUCCAAACUCAAUGUUCAUCUGAGGAUUCACACUGGAGAGAGGCCAUAUACAUGUUCAAAAUGUGACAAGUCCUUCUUACAAAGUGAUCUUCUUGCUAAACACCAGAGAAUUCACACAGGAGAGAAACCGUUUAAUUGUUCAGAAUGUGGCAAGUGCUUCUCACAUCGUUCUAAUCUUACUCAACACAAGAAGAUUCACACAGGAGAGAAACCGUUUAAUUGUUCAGAAUGUGGAAAGUGCUUCUCACAUAGUUCUGCUCUUACUAAACACCAGAAGAUUCACACAGGAGAGAAACCGUUUAAAUGUUCAGAAUGUGGCAAGCGCUUCUCACAAAAAAUUAGUCUCACUGGACACCAGAAGAUUCACACAGGGGAGAAACCAUUUAAUUGUUCAGAAUGCGGAAAGUGCUUCUCACAUAGUUCUGCUCUUUCUAAACACAAGAGAAUUCACACAGGAGACAACCCGUUUAAAUGUUCAGAAUGUGGAAUGUGCUUCUCACAAAAUAGUCAUCUCACUGUACACCAGAAGAUUCACACAGGAGAGAAACCAUUUAAAUGCUCAGAAUGUGGCAAGUGCUUCUCACAAAGUUCUGCUCUUUCUAAACACCAGAAGAUUCACACAGGAGAGAAACCGUUUAAAUGUUCAGAAUGUGGCAAGUGCUUCUCACAAAAUAGUCAUCUCACUAUACACCAGAAUACUCACACAGGGGAGAAACCAUUUAAGUGUUCAGAAUGUGGCAAGUGCUUCUCACAUCGUUUUGAACUUACACAACACCUGAGAAUUCACACAGGAGAGAAACCAUUUAAAUGUUUGGAAUGUGGCAAGUGCUUCACACAUGGUUCUAGUAUUAUCGUACAUCAGAGAAUUCACACUGGAGAAAAACCAUUUCAAUGUUCAGAAUGUGACAUGUGCUUCUCCUAUAAGAAAAGUCUUGUUACACACCAGAGAAAUCACACUGGAGUAAAAAACAUUUAAAUGUUCAGAAUGUGGCAAGUGCUUUUCACAAAAUUCUCAUCUUAAUAUUCAUAAAAGGAGUCAUAAAGGAGAGAAAUGAAUAAGAAGAUUCACACAGGAGAAAAAACAUUUAAAUGUUGAGAAUGUGACUUCACUUUGAAACAAACUUUGUUACACACCAGAGAAUUCACACAGGAGAAAAAAACAUUUAAAUGCUCAGAAAGUGCUUCUAAUGAGGUUCUAUCCUUAAUAAACAUAAAAGGAUUCACACACGACAGAAAUCAUUUAAAUGGUCAGAUUUGUAGAAAGUGCUUCUUGCAUAGUUCUAAUGUUACUAUAUACCAGAGAAGCCAAAUUAGUGAAUGUGAUAUACACUAUAAUACCAAAAGUAUUGGGA